UGAGAGAUCCAUAUAUAGGUUAAAAAGGGUCUUUCUCAUAAGUUUAAACUAGAGUAGGCUUUUCAGUUGUUAUCACUUUAAUAAAAUACUAAAUUUUUAUAAAAAUCAAAUAAUUUUUUUUAAGGAAAUAAACCGAAAUUCUUCUUUAAAUAGUAUAAAUGAAAUCGAUUAAAUAAUAAUUAAAAACUUAUGUGGAAUCAAUCCUUCCCAACUGCUUACAUCCAAAGCCAAUAACCAAUUAUUUAUCCUAUUUAUUAUAUGCCAAUAGUCUAAGGAUAUAUAGGAUAACAAGAAUUUCACUUCAAUAGUCAAUAUUUACAAUAGAUACCUUGCUUAUAAGAAAAGAAUAAUGUUAUGGAGGUAUCAAAAUUACCUACUGAAAGUUCUGAAGCUUAAAAAUAAGAGAAAUAAUAAGAGGAAAGUAAUAGUUCAAUAAUUAUGACAAAUAAACUGAAAUCAAAAAAAAGUUUAUCAGCAUUAAAUUUGUCUCAAAAAUCUACGAACAUAUAAAAAAAUUAUGCAAAAGCUAUAGUCUAAUACAUAAUUAGAUAGAGAAUUGAGAUAUUAAAAUAUUUAGGUGAAAAAUAAGGAAUAGAAUUUUUGAAAAUCUUAACAUAAUUAAAAAAUAAUAUAAAAAACAUUAAUCAUAUUAAGAAAUACUUUAACGAUGAUACCCAAUAAAAGUUGUUUAGAAUUAUAGCCAACAGAUUUCUUAAAAAAGAAGCUAUUGAAUAUGUUUAUAACUCAAACAUCAGAUCAACUAGCCAUCAUGUUUAAUACCGAAAUAAUAUAAGACUCAAUUUAUAUAAAUGCUGAAUCAAAAAUUAUCGAAAGCGAAAUGAAUUCUUUAUAUUCAUUUAUUUAUAC